AUGGCUCUGACAUCAUGGAAAGCGUUCAACUUCUUCGAUGUGUCCCCUGUCAAGCUUCCUGAAGAUAGCUCGUCACUCUUCAAUUCAGACACCACCUGUUUAUGCGCCGGCUCAGCCAACCUUUUUCUCGGAACCACCGAUGGGUUCGUCCGGACCGUUUCUUCAUCCUUCAAGGUCGUCCAAUCGUUCAAGGCGUCGGAUAAUGGAUCGAUCACGCACAUCAAGCAGAUCGAAGGGACAUCGCUACUUGUAACAAUAUCGGAGGAUUUAUUGAACGAACCAGUGUUGAAAGUCUGGGCUCUAGAUAAACCUGAAAAGAAGACGGGAAUCCCGAGUUGUCUAUCGACCACAACGGUGCAGAAUGCGAGGAGGUCAUUUCCGGUAUCCGCGUUCGCAGUCCUCGGUGAUUUGUCUCAAGUUGCAGUUGGUUUCGGCAAUGGCUCCGUUGCGAUUAUUCGAGGCGACUUGAUACAUGACCGUGGCGCGCGACAACGCAUAGUAUUUGAAUCUGAGGAACCCAUAACUGGGCUCGAGGUACAGAGUGGGACUGUGACUACGCUCUAUAUUUCUACUACGAGCCGGAUCCUUGCGCUUGUGAUUUCCGGUCGAGGACAGGGACAACCGGCGAGAGUACUUGAAGAUACAGGAUGUGGUCUUGGUUGCAUGACCUUGGACAAAGACAGUGGUGAAGUACUUGUGGCCAGAGAGGAUGCUAUUUAUACUUAUGGCCCUCAUGGACGCGGCCAGAGCUACGCUUUCGAGAGCCCUAAAAGCUCCAUUAACAUAUUCAGGGAUUAUGUUACCCUCGUUUGCCCGCCCAGAGGCGGUACACCAGGCUCGGGCGAAUUCCAAAGUUUUGGUAAAGAUGAAAUAUUCAGCACUGCGACGUUCACUCUGUUAGAUACGGACCUCAAGUUUAUUGCCCAUUCAGAGUCCCUUGUGUCGUCCGUAAGGCAGAUAUUUAAAGAAUGGGGCAAUCUUUAUCUACUUACUACAGAUGGAAAAAUUUAUAGGUACCGUGAGAAGAGCCUCCAACAGAAGCUUGAGAUUCUCUACCAACGAAAUCUUUAUAUCCUGGCUAUCAACCUUGCGCAGAAAAUCGGCGUCGACACGUUCCAACAGAAUGCCAUCUACCGCAAGUAUGGGGACUAUCUGUAUCAGAAAGGGGAUUACGAUACAGCAAUGCAGCAAUAUCUCAGGGCCAUUGACAACACGGAGCCGUCGCAAGUUAUAAGAAAGUACCUCGAUACACAACGAAUUCAUAACCUUAUAGAGUACCUGGAGGAAUUACAUGACCACGACCGCGCUUCAGUUGAUCACACCACAUUGCUUCUCAAUUGCUACGCAAAACUGAAAGAUACCGAGAAACUAGAUGCUUUCAUAAAAGCGCCAGGCGAGCUUAAGUUUGACCUCGAAACAGCCAUUGCCAUGUGCCGGCAAGGUGGUUAUUACGAACAAGCUGCCUAUCUAGCUACGAAAUACGGAGAGAAUGACAUGGUCGUGGACAUCUUGAUCGAAGAUUCAAAAAAAUACGCUGAAGCGCUGGAGUAUAUCUGGAGACUAGAACCUGAAUUGGCGUACCACAACCUCAUGAAAUAUGCCCGCGUGCUACUGUCCAAUUCUCCUUCAACGACCACAGAGCUUUUCAUUGCAUACUACAAAGGAGAGUAUGCACCAAGAACGCAACAAGUCGAGUCUGUACCGGAACCUCAAGCACAAAACAGCAAUCCUUUACAAAGCCUGGCGGCCUUCCUUCCCUUGCCUCUGUUGAAUGCCGGUGCAGGUUCAAAGACGGAAAAAGUCGAGGCCCAGCCCGUGUUAGAAGAUAAGGAACAGCGUGCCCCGAGCUACCAGAUCCCCAAACCACGAACCGCAUUUUCGGCUUUUGUUGGUCACCCCCAGGAAUUCAUUACCUUUCUGGAGGCGCUUAUCAGCAAAGAGGACUUCAAGAGAGAGGACAAGGUGGAUCUUUAUACGACCCUUUUCGAGAUGUACCUCAACGCGGCGGGCCGCCAAAAGGAUAACACCGAGAAGGGGCAGUGGCAGAAUAAAGCUAAAAAGUUGAUUGAGGGAAAAGACAUUCCGAUCUCAACCUCAAGCGUCCUUCUCCUUUCCGACUUAUCGGAGUUCCAGGAAGGAUCCACCCUUGUUCGAGAGCAAGCGGGUCUGCGGUCAGACAUUUUCCGAUCUUUUACUGCUGCCAAGGAUACACAAGGAGCUAUUCGAGCAUUAAAGAAAUAUGGGCCGGAGGAGCCUCAGCUAUACGUGGAUGCCUUAACGUAUUUCGCGUCCAGCCCUAAAAUCCUAGAAGAGGCAGGGGACGAACUUGACGCGGUCUUGAAACGAAUCUCUGAGGAUGGGCUGAUGUCACCACUUCAGGUGAUACAGGCGCUCAGCAACAACGCCGUUGUGACUAUGGGGAGGCUGAAGAAGUAUCUGAGCGACAACAUCGAGCGAGAACGCAAGGAGAUAUCUUCCAAUCGCCGCCUGAUAUCAAGUUACAGUUCUGAAACUGAAACCAAGAUGCAGGAGCUUGAACAGCUGGGUUCCAAGCCCGUUGUGUUCCAGGCCCGCCGUUGUACAUCCUGCAAUAGGGCCCUCGACCUUCCCACGGUCCAUUUCCUCUGCAAGCACUCUUUCCACCAGCGCUGUCUCAACACAGUAGGCAAUGAUGCUGAAUGUCCAGCCUGUGCCCCGGAGCAUUCUACUAUAAAGGCGAUUCGGAGAAGACAGGUCGAAUCAGCAGAUCAACAUGAUCUUUUCAAGGCGGAGCUUCAACGAUCGAAGGACCGAUAUGGUGUGAUCAGCGAAUUCUUCGGAAGGGGUGUAAUGCGAGCACAGACUACUAUGGAGUAG